AUGCGUCUUUCUAUUCCUAUAGCUGUCGCUGUCCUUACCCGCGUUGCUUCGUCCCACGGCAGGACCGACCAGGUGGAUGUGGCCAUCGUUGGGGCGGGGUUAAGUGGACUUAGUGCUGCAAAGGAACUCAGCGCUGUCGGCAAGACCAUCCUCGUUCUCGAAGCAAGGGACAGAGUAGGCGGGCGUAUCCUCGACGUCAAACUGCCUAAUGGCGGCGUGGUGGAAACCGGCGCCGCUUUCAUCGGGCCAUCGCAGGAUCGCGUACUCGCGUUGGCUGCCGAGCUGCAGCUCGAGACGUUCCCGACGUACAACUCGGGCGAAAACGUACUUUGGCAAGACGGUGAGCGGGUUACCUACCCCACUGAAGGACCAGCCGGGAAUAUCCCGCCCAUAUCGGAAUCCAGCCUUAUGCAACUAGCAGAGGCACAAGCGCGACUCAACGCUAUGGCGCAGGAAAUCGACGUGAAUGCCCCAUGGAACCACCCUCAGGCCGUAGAAUUGGACAGCACGACAUUUGAUUCCUGGCUCGACGGGGCGACACCGCUGGAGGAGGCGCGCUUUUUGUUCGACGUUGCAACGACUUCGAUCUUCUCGGCAGAGCCGCGGGAACUGUCCCUCUUGUACGUGGUUGCGUACAUCGCGUCGGCAGGCAACUCGACCACUCCCGGUACGCUUGAGCGGCUUACCAGCACCGCCGGCGGCGCACAAGAGCGUAGGAUUAAGGGCGGCAUGCAGCAGCUCGCUGUGAAGUUGGCAGAGCGGCUGGGCAAGAAGCGAAUCGCCCUCAACGCGCCCGUGCGGCGUGUCGAGCGGCGUGGAGAUAGCUACCAGGUGACUGCAGAUGGAAUUACAAUCAAGGCCAGGCACGUCGUCAUCGCUAUGUCGCCUCCGCUUGCCGCUCGUAUAGUCUACAGGCCGCAGCUUCCAGCCCAGCGGGAUCAGCUCACCCAACGUCUCCCAAUGGGCUCCAUCGGCAAGGCCAUCGCGAUCUACAACCAGCCAUUUUGGCGCGCAGACGGCCUCACCGGGCAGGCCGUCAGCGACAGCGGGGUGGUACGGUCGGCCUUUGACAUCUCGCCCGAGGACGGCUCCUACGGGGCGCUUAUGGGUUUCAUCGAAGCGGACCAGAUGCGCAAGCUGGACGACAAGUCCGAGCAGGAGAUCCAACUCAGAGUCACCAACGACUUCGUCAAUUAUUUCGGGACGAACGCCUCGAACCCGAUCGGAUGGGUCAUCCAGCGGUGGGACAAUGAGGAGUUUUCGCGGGGUGGGCCUGUGGCUUUCGGCCCGCCGGGAGUUCUCACGCAAUACGCUCCAGCACUUACGCGGCCAUUCGAAAGGAUUCAUUUUGCGGGCACUGAAUCGGCGCCGUACUGGACUGGAUACCUUGAUGGAGCUAUUCGUUCGGGAGAGCGUGUGGCCAAAGAAAUCCUAGAUGCCUUUUGA